CCUUUUUAUUGUGUGCUGUGUUUCCUGUCAGAAGGACUGGAAUCUUUCCAUGACAUAAUAAUAUACACGACUGGAAUAGAGAAAACGCAUGUGAAGUGUGGUCUUUGUCUCCCACUUUCCCCUUUUUCUUCUUUCCUUUCUGUCCUCCUGUCCUCUCGAGACUGAAGGCGAAAGUGCAGCAGAUAAAAACAAAAGCCAUGGACCCCGACUACUUCAAAUCUCAUGACAUGUGGUGGGGCACCCUUGGAACGGUGCGCCCCUUCUCCAAUUUCAAUCCUGAGCAGGACGUCAUGGAGAUCCGGGCGGCGCUGGAGAAGAAAGAUGCGGUGACCCUGUUGAGCAUCCUCACCAAUCGGAGCAACGAACAGAGACAAAUGAUCGCCAAGACGUUUCAAGAUUUAACGCGAAGGGACCUGGCAGCUGGUCUGAAGAAAGCUCUGGCUGGAGAUCUGGAGACGCUCCUGCUGGAUUUGCUGACGCCUCCUCUGCAUUACGAGGCUCAGCGCCUGCAGCAGGCCAUGGUGGGCAUCGGCACGGAUGAGGAUUCGCUGCUGGAGAUCCUGUGCACACGAUCUGGAAAGCAGCUGAAAGAAAUCAGCGCUGCAUACCAACAAGUGUAUAAGAAGGACCUGGAGAAGGAAGUAAAAGGAGAGUCCAGUGGAGAUUUUGCUAAGCUUCUUGUGGCUCUGCUAAAUAAAGAAACUGUUCCUGGUGUUGUUCAAAGAGACAUUGAGUUUCUCAUUUCGUCAGUGAAUGGUAAAAAAGUUGAUGCAGGACCAUGGAUCGAGAUACUGACCUCCAGAGACUCAGACCAUCUCAACGAUGUGCUGUUGGGGCUGGAGCUGGCGACCGGAAAGAUGGUGGAACAACUUCUGGAGAAAAGCUUCUCAGGAGACAUCAGGCUGGGUCUGACAGUUUUAGUAAAGUGCAUUCAGGACCCCUACCACUACCUUGCCCAAAGACUGACAAUCAAGAAGACACCAAUAGUGCAGGGUAUUAUGGUGUCUCACAGUGAGGAAGAUCUGCUGUGUAUCCGAGCUGCCUACCUGAAACUAACAGGCACUUCCCUCUACACUGCUCUACAGAAUCAGUUCAAAGGAGAUCACCUACAGGCUCUGCUGGCCAUCUGUAGAUCUGAAGAUUAAACAAAAAGCCGGAAUGAAUUUAUGGUUGUGCAAUAAAAUAAAUAAACUUCAUCUUCUGUUGCUUCCUUU